GUAUAUUUGUGAAGUUUGUGACCAUUGUGUUUGUGAACCAAUCAUUUCCAACUUCAAUUGGACAAAAUUCAAAAGGAUUAUGCUAUGUGUACCCCAAGUUUUGUACCCCGCAGUUUUGCACCAACACUUUGUGUUGGUGUAAAAUUAAUUUUUGUUAAACGCACCAAUAUUUGUGUCCGUGUGAAUUUUUAUAAACGCACCAACACUUGUGUCGGUGUAAACCAUCGAAAUGUUUGUGCAAACUUGUGGUGUACAAAUGAGGUAUAUUUUUUGGUGUAAGUGUAGCAUGAUCCAAUUCAAAAUCCCCCUUUCAUUUAUCUCCAAACAGAACCUCUCUCCAGCCUUCUCCUUUAGUCCCAUGCUUCCCUUACCUACGAAACCCUCAGUCGUCGCUCACAGAACAUUUGGAUGGAGCAUCAGAUCCGUCGCGGCGGAGCACGAAAUCGACAUGGUGAGAAACAAGAGAGGAGUUUAUACCGCUAAGCCCAAGGAAGUCGUCGUCCUGUGGGACUUGGAUAACAAGCCGCCGCGGGGUCCUCCGUACCAGGCGGCGGUGGAGCUGAAGAGGAUGGCUCAGAGAUUCGGCAACGUAGCGGACAUGUCUGCCUUUGCAAACCGUCACGCCUUCACCCACCUGCCGCGUUGGGUCAUCGACGAGCGCCGCGAACGACGCCGUCUGGAUAAUCUCGAGCGCCGAGGAGAUCUGACCCCGCAUCAACCGUACGUCUGCUCCGUGUGUGGCCGGAAAUGUAAGACCAAUUCCGAUCUGAAGAAUCAUUUCAAGCAGCUGCACGAACGGGAGAGACAGAAGAAGCUGAACCGGAUGGCUUCACUGAAGGGGAAGAAGCGGCAGCGGUACAGGGAAAGGUUUCUGGACAACAACGACAAGUAUGCCGAGGCAGCAAGGAGAUUGAUAGCCCCAAAACAAGGGUACGGGUUGGGGUCGGAGCUGAAGCGAGCUGGGGUGUUUGUGAGAAUGGUGGCAGAUAAGCCACAGGCAGCGGAUUUGGCCUUGAAGCAACGAAUGCGGCAGCACUCUAUGAGCAGAGGAGGAGUAGAUUGGGUGGUGUUGGUUUCAGACGAUUCUGAUUUUUCUGAGAUGUUGAGAGGGGCUCAGGAGGUGAAUUUGGGGACGGUGGUGGUGGGGGAUUUGGAUAGAGCAUUGGGGAGGCAUGCUGAUGUAUGGGUUCCAUGGCUUGCAGUUGAAAAGGGGGAGAUCGGGGAGGACGAUUUAGUAGUAGUAAUAGGGAAAGAAAAGAAUAAUGAAAGGCUUUCCGUUGGGGGAUUGAGUGAGGAAGUAAUUGAUUUUGAUGGCUUUGCUGAAAGAAGGCAAAUUAAUAGUGACUUGAAUGUUUGGGAAGAGAGUGAUGAUGAAGAAUACUCAAUCUUCGAUUCUGAGGAUAACGAAUCAGACGGGGAUGAUGAUGAUGAAGACGACUACUUUUCACUAACGCUGUGAAGUUAAAAAUGAAAAAAAAGAGAUCUAGUAAUCUUCCUCCAUACGAAUUUGUCUACGUGCACAAUUCUAUUGCUUUUGUGUACCCUAAUAACCCGUUUGGAACGGCUUGCAAAUAGAUUCAAAGUCUAUGGUAUCUUGGUAAUUUU